GUCUCACGAAACAUUUUUCAGGAAGUAAUCAAUAUUACUAUCGCUGCAUUUGUGUCCACUGACGUAAGCAAGGAUUUGAAAGAAGUCUCUAUGAAGUGUCAUGCGUGUAUUCUUUGAGUAAAUUGGUCGUUCAUACAAAAUCAUCGAUCAUUUUCUCUUUUAUUUUAUUUUAUUUGUUUGCUUUGUAUAACUACAUAAAUUGUACACACCUAACAUGGGCAGAAUUUAAAUCAGAACAGUAAAUUCGCACAUUUUGUGCACCUCACAGUGAACCUGUGCACAUUUCCACACUAUUAUCUUUAAUAUCUCAAAUCUUCUCGUGGCCAAGUUUUUUAGUUCAGGCUUUGUGACAGUGUUAUGAGUCCUUUCAGCGUGGCGUCGGGCAAUUGGAUAACCCUCUCCUGGAGUGCAUGUCGUCAGCUGUCAAUCGAGUCUUCACAAGGGCCUCAUGAAAAGCGUCUUCUGCACACCCUGUUGGACACGUACAACACCCUGGAGCGGCCGGUAGCCAACGAGUCGGAGCCCCUCCAACUGUCGUUCGGGCUCACUCUCAUGCAAAUCAUAGACGUGGACGAGAAAAAUCAACUUCUCAUCACAAAUAUUUGGUUAAAAUUGGAAUGGAAUGAUGUAAAUUUAAGGUGGAAUCCCAGUGAAUUUGGCAAUGUUAGAGAUUUACGAAUACCGCCUCACAGGCUAUGGAAGCCUGAUAUACUCAUGUACAAUAGUGCGGACGAAGGGUUCGACGGAACGUAUCCGACGAACGUCGUCGUCCGAAGCAAUGGCAGUUGCUCGUAUAUUCCUCCGGGGAUCUUCAAGAGCACCUGCAAAAUCGACAUCACCUGGUUUCCCUUCGACGACCAGAGAUGCGAGAUGAAGUUUGGAAGCUGGACCUAUGAUGGUUUCCAGCUGGACUUACAACUCCAAGACGAAGGAGGUGGUGAUAUUAGUAGUUUUAUAACAAAUGGGGAAUGGGAUCUGUUAGGGGUUCCCGGCAAGAAAAAUGUUAUAUAUUAUAAUUGCUGUCCCGAGCCUUACAUCGAUAUAACAUUUGUGAUUAUCAUUAGGAGAAGAACAUUAUACUAUUUUUUCAAUCUAAUUGUUCCAUGUGUACUCAUCGCAUCAAUGGCUGUGCUUGGGUUUACUUUACCUCCGGAUUCAGGGGAAAAACUUUCAUUAGGUGUUACAAUUCUUCUGUCUCUCACCGUUUUUUUAAAUAUGGUGGCAGAGACAAUGCCUGCAACUUCCGACGCAGUGCCUUUGUUAGGGGUCACCAUCCUGCUAUCAUUGUCAGUUUUCUCCUUGAUGAUUGCUGACGCGUUACCGCAAACAUCUGAGGCUAUUCCUUUACUAGGUACAUAUUUCAACUGUAUUAUGUUCAUGGUAGCAUCUUCAGUAGUUUCUACAAUUUUGAUACUAAAUUACCAUCAUAGGAAUGCUGAUACUCACGAAAUGUCGCCAUGGAUCAAACUACUGUUCCUGAAGUGGUUCCCGUGCAUCCUGCGGAUGUCGCGGCCGGAGCCGGAGACGCCGGUCUCCGGCUCCGGGGAGUCGGCCCGGAAGCUCCAGCUCCGCGAGCUGGAGCUCAAGGAGCGCUCCUCUAAGUCGCUGCUGGCCAACGUCCUGGACAUCGACGACGACUUCCGCCACGCCCCGAUCCCGCCGCCGGCCCCGCACGGGUACCUGCCCCGGCACGGCGGGCACCCCCACGAGGACGGGCACACGGGGACCCUCCUCCACGCCACCUCCGCCUCCUGCCUCGGGCCCCACCGGGAGCUCGCGCUCAUCCUCAAGGAGCUCCGCGUCAUCACCGAGAAGAUCCGCAAGGAGGAGGAGGACGCCGCCGUCACCAACGACUGGAAGUUCGCCGCCAUGGUCGUCGACCGGCUCUGCCUCAUCAUCUUCACCCUCUUCACCGUCAUCGCCACCAUCGCGGUCCUCAUGUCCGCCCCGCAUAUUAUCGUCAACUAAGGACCUCCCGGUUGUCGAAUCCCUCUUGCUCAAACUAAGACGUGCUUCUUCCACGGAUCACAAAUGCUUCCAACGCUCGCGUCACUCGGGGCGGGAAAUUCAAAUUAUCGGCUCGUUUAUUCAGUCAUCGCAUACGGAACACU